CACAGAAUCAAAAUGAUGGAGCAAGAUUGAGGUUAAUCAAUGUCUCAACUGAUAACAAUUUUUAAUCCUAUUUGUCAUUGAUUUUUCUGUAUCUAAAAACCUUUUUAGCUUAUUAAAUCUACAAGUGUUCAACUACAUAUUUUCAUUAACCAAUAUAGGACAAAAUUUCUUGGGUAAAAAUGGCCAGAGCACCUUUAAAAUGCAAAAUAGGACCAUCUAUUUUAAACGCAGAUUUAUCCAAUUUAUAUGCAGAAUCUCAAAAAUUAUUAGAUAGCGGCGCAGACUAUCUUCACUUAGAUGUUAUGGACGGUCAUUUUGUACCAAAUAUGUCGUUAGGUCAUCCUGUUGUUAAGUGUCUUCGAAACAAAAUACGUAAUACUUUUUUUGAAGCCCAUAUGAUGGUUUCUGAACCUGAAAAAUGGGUAGAACCUAUGGCAGAUGCGGGUAUUAAUCAAUAUACAUUCCAUGUAGAAGCAACUAAGGAUGUCUUUCCUUUAUGUAGACGAAUAAAAGAAGCUGGAAUGCAAGUCGGAAUAGCACUCAAACCAGGUACAGGAAUCGAGGCUGUGAGACAAUAUAUUGACAGUGCGGAUAUGAUUCUCAUAAUGACAGUAGAACCAGGUUUUGGAGGACAAAAAUUCAUGUCAGACAUGAUGCCAAAAGUUCAAUGGCUACGGAACAACUAUCCGUUACUUGACAUCGAAGUUGAUGGUGGUGUGGGACUAAACACCAUUACAGCAUGUGCUGAAGCAGGUGCCAAUAUGAUAGUAGCAGGAACAGCAAUAAUAGAUGCUAUGGAUCAACAAGCAGUUAUAGCAAGUCUUCGAGAAACUGUUGAAAGCUCAAUACAUAAAUGUAACGUUUAAGAUGAGUUGUUAUAAAGUUGUUAUUGUUAUAUUUUUGUUUCAACCAUCUUGAAAAUUGGUGACUAUUUUUUGAGAAUUUUAUUUACUAUAAAAUAUUUGUGCAAUGUAAACUUCUGUGACAUUCCUCAUGUACUUUUCAUUAUGGUAAUAAAAAGGGAAUUUUACAUUUGA